AGCAUUGAAUCGGGAGGUUCCAACUGAGCUUCAAGUGAUGCCGUUCUGUCUCCGCAUUUUGAGAUCCGUCGGUCUUUGGGAGAAUCGGAAAUAUUUCUACCGUUUUGUGUUUGCCUGCUUUUGGAUUGGAUGUAUUAUUCUCUUUCCGAAGGCCGUUUUCGGCAUGGGAAGCAAUCGAUUCGAUUCAAUGGCCAAAGGAUGGUCCGAGUUUAUCUACCAGGCUAAUCUGGUCGGAGCGGCUGUGAUAUUCGCCGCCAAGGGGACCUGUUUUAAACAACUGAUUGAACUGCUCGCCCGAAUUAUUGAUGAAGCUACAGACAACGACCUGACGGGGAAUUGCUAUAAGGAGAUUCGAAGGCAAAAUGGUCAAAUAGACAAAUUUGCAAAGUUCUACGGAAUUUAUUGUUGUAUCUGUCCGAUGCUUUUCAGUAUCUCUUCUAUUAUCACCACUAAUAUCCAAUACUUUACUGCUGAUCGGAAUAGUUCGGAAGAGCUAAAAUUUGAAAUUCCCAUGGAACAAAAAUUCUAUGGGAUGCAUGUACGUACGAAUUACUUGCACUAUAACAUUUUUCUUGCAAUCUCUAUGACUUCGUAUUAUUGCUGUGCAUUUGUAUCGGUCGUUAAAGUAUCCACCAUGAUUAUUAUGGUGAAAUAUUGCUCCUUAGCGUUCCGCUUGGUAGCUAUACAGGUACAAGAUCUUUCUCAGCUACCCCAGAAUACCCCAAAAACACCGAAAUUGAUAAGAAUUGUCAACCUUCACAACAACGCUUUUGAAGUUACGGACCUUGCCGAAGAAAUUUUAUGCUUUCCAGUAAUGAUGCAAUUCAUGUCCACCGUGUUAUUCUGGUGCACAACAAUGUUAUAUAUGUCAACGAACCUGGACUACACACUGUUAAAUGUGCUGGUAAUUUUUUUUCUGUCCAUGAUUGAAACAUACGGUUAUUCCUAUUUGGGUUCGCAACUAACCGACGAAGCUGCUGCCGUUGGCGCAGCUAUCUACGACUUGCCUUGGUACAAUGAACCUCCUGAGUUGCAGCGCCAAUAUCGUUUGGUACUGCAAAGAUCUCAGCUUGAGACAGGAAUUACGGCGGCCAAAUUUUUCAUCGUCGGUAUUGAUAAGUUUGGUAGUUUAGCCCAAAUGUCCUACUCGUAUUAUUUGGUGCUUAAGGAUACUCUGACUAUGCGCAUUGAAAAUGGAAUGAUGCAAGAUUAAUAUGCAGGAAAAUGAACUCGAUCCUAU